UGUAAACUUAUAUUGACCUGAUACACUUGUUCCGAAUUCGGGAGGAUCGAUUACGGCCUUGCAGGGGGUUACUAUCUUUAAGCGAUAGUCGAAACGUUGACUGCGUCGGACCCGUUAACCUUCAAUUUUCUCUUCUUUGAUUUCCUAGUUUUUGGUUGUCUCCUUAUUGCUUUUUCGAUUGGAGAAAUCAACUCAGUUUUCGUGGUCGUCGUCGUCCUGGUGCUCAUUACGUCCAUCGAUUAUUGUCCCUUUGGCGCCUGGGAAAUCUCCAGCUCAUCCGCUUUUUUGAAUCGUCAAGAGGCGCCAUUUCUUGAACAUGGCCGUUGCUGUGGGCGAGAUAGCCGCUGAUCUGAAACCACUUUCUCUGUCAUCAGACACUCAGACAGCCCCUGGGUCACAGGCACCCUCUGCAACCGAUCUAGACGCAAAGACCAAUGGACAUACCACGGACACUUCUGCUAUACCCCAGGUAAACGUCAAUGGGGAACCCAUGCGCAGUCCCCGCCCGUCAGCAAGUUUUGGCCGUGUAGACGCAGAGGAUGCGAGAUGGGGCUCCAAUUUUUGGGUGACUUUAGUAGAUCCGCAGACUAGCACUGUAUUCUUCGCGUGCCCUGCCACUGGACAAGUGAGCUGGGAUCCACCAGCUGGUACGUUUGUUUUGCCUCCGAGCACAGAGGGAGAGUGGUGGGAGCUCAGUGAUGACUCCCGUGGUGGAAUCCCAUACUACUAUCAAACCAAGACGGGGGAGACGGUCUGGGAACGUCCAGAUGGUUUUGUCAUUCCUUUGACUAUCAUUCAACAAUCCGCCCUGGGUCGUCGUCUUUCGCAGAAUGGCAUGCGCAAAACCAAUCCUGAAGUCCAGGAAUCCACCGCAGCGCCAGGUCGGUCCCCCUGUCGAACUCGGACUCGAUCACAGGCAAGUCUAAAAGACGCACGCCAUGUGUCACCCCGUUCCAACGAAGAGCCUCCGUUGCCGCGACAUUCGUUGUCAUCAGCACGGAGUUCGCCAGGAAGGAUAUCAGCUUCUGGGGCUAGCCCGACCAAGAAGUCUCCUACCGUAAGGCGCUCAUUUACCACAGACCAAUACGGUCACGCAAACUCCCCUCGUGGAUGGACAAAUGGACAUCAUCUACCCCCUAUACCCGCAUCCCCUUAUGCAACUGAACCUUCUACACCAACCUCGCGAAAAUCACUGUCAACGCCACCUGCCAAAGUCGCAGCGAACGGAAGCACACGAUCGAGCCCUCGCAACAAGGAGAAAGAAAAACGCCUAGCUUCAGAUACUGAUGACAACUCACCAUCGCGAUCGCGGGCCAAAUCAUCCUCUUAUGUAUCACACCGACCCCCCAUCCCGCAGAGUCUCAACGCGGCUGUGGAAAUGCUGACGUUGUCUGAGCGGCGAGCUGCUUCUGACACUGGUCACGGGCAAGCACCGUCAUCACCACCAGCCAUGGAUAAACCACGGCCGAGCACAAGCCAUUCUCCAAAAGAGAAGGCAAAUGAGAAACGAGAGGUUCCUCAAACUCCCAAACUGGCCGCAAGUAAUAGUUUCUGGAUGACACGCAGUACGUCGACCCAUCCCACAAUACUCGGCAAGACUAUUAGUAGCCCUGUUCUCAACAAAGAGGCAACUAAGAACAUGAGCGCCGUCAAGAACCCAGCAGGAGGAAAACCGAUUCCAAUCACUAGGCAGCCUACUCCCCAUGCCCCUACUGCUACUUUAGCAUCUGGCACAUACCCUGUCCUUCCUCAUGACCUCGCGUCAGACAUCCAACAAUUCGUCGAAUCCGACUAUGCAAGGCAAUACUUCUCGACACAUCGUACUGGCUUCAUAUUCAGGCGCAAGGUUCCCGUCGCACAAAUGAUGACAUGGCAAAAGGCACCGCUCAGCUCGCCACUUCUCACAUUGAAUCGCUCGCUCAAGAACGAUGCAGUCCGGAUUUUCAAGGUUAUCCAACAUAUCAUGGGCGACCGUGAACGUGAGAAAUCGGCUGGUAUUCCAAUUCACAAUGGUUCUACGCACUCCCUCACGGGGAGCACCGUCGGCCUACUAGAGGAAGAACGGUGGUUGCUGGGAGAGGGUUUGGCUCAUGGCGAGCUAAGGGAUGAGAUAUAUUGUCAGUUGAUGAAACAGCUCAACGGGAAUCCCAAUACAGAAAGUGUCUUCAAAGGCUGGCAGAUGCUCUGCGUACUCCUCACUGCGUUCCCGCCCUCAAAAAACUUUGAGACGUACCUGCGUUCUUUUAUGCAACAGCGGACAGGUCAGCAAGAGGGCAGGGUUGACGUGAUAGCCAAGCACUGCCUUCGCCGUCUAGUUGCGAUCUCAAAGAAAGGUCCACGCGGAAAGCCUCCGACGAUGGCAGAGAUCGAGACGGCAUCGGACGCCGCCUUCAACCCAUCCACGUUCGGGGAAUCGCUGGACGCAACCAUGCGCCUGCAAGAGCGCAACUACCCACACGAGAAGAUCCCCAUCAUUCUCCCGUUCCUCGCAGACGGGAUCCUUGCUCUCGGGGGCAUGAAAGCGGAAGGCAUCUUCCGCGUCCCUGGCGAUAGUGACUCCGUGUCGGAACUGAAGUUACGCAUUGAUAGGGGCUAUUAUACUCUUGACAGCGUUGAUGAUCCCCAUGUCCUGGCUUCGUUGCUUAAGCUCUGGUUACGUGAGCUAUGCGACCCACUGGUGCCUGAAGAGAUGUACAACGACUGCAUCACGCAUUCUCGCGAACCUGAGACGUGCAUACAGCUUGUCCGGCGUCUGCCCACGAUAAACAGAAGGGUCGUGGUUUUCCUGAUCAGCUUCUUGCAGUUCUUUUUGGAGGAGAAGGUGCAGACGGUGACGAAGAUGACAUCGGCGAAUUUGGCGUUGGUGAUGGCGCCGAACUUGUUGAGGUGUAAUUCGGAGUCUAUGACCGUUGUGUUCACAAAUGCCCAGUACGAACAAGUGUUCGUCUAUAAUCUUUUAAUGCACCUCAAGUGCGAUCAAAUUGAUACGGAAUAUGUUCCCGUCCAUGGCCUUGGUGCCAGCCUACCAUCACCCCCACAACCUCGCGUUUCUAAAUCUCGCAGCAGAAAGUGACCCAUGCUAUCGUAUAUCCACCAUCUUUUUCUAUACCCACCAUCCAACUUGGAAUUGCAUUCAUGUACAUACAGAUUUCUUCUUUCGGUCCUCGCAAGUGUACCU